UCAUAUUCCGGUUUUGCUGUUGCCAAACUCUGCCGUAUUGACACCGACAGGUGUCGACUGUGAGUUUAUCUGCCUUUUAGAAGACUAUUCUUCUCGCUGCGGGAAUCUUGGCGUUGACGGUGGAAUGUUUUGACAGCUGUCAUCACUUUUGUUGAACAUGAAGCCUCUGGAUUUUGAAGCCACCAACUUAACGGUGCAGCCCCCAGAGAUCAUAUGUGAGAAAUGGAGAGAGGGUUCCGAGAGUUCGGUGUUCCACCUCGCCAACAUCUUCCUUUUCCUCGGCUUCAUGGGUGGCAGUGGUAUUUACGGAACCUUCUUUGUGUUCACCUUCUUGACUCUGGGCUUCUUCUGCACCACUCUCUGGGCUUGGACGGAUUCGUGCAGCGCCGACGCGUUCCUGUGGUGUUUAGCGCUCUUCGCUGUGUGUUUGGGUCAGGUUCUGCACGCUGCCUACAGAAUCAAAAGCAUCUCAUUCAAUAGAGACUUUCAGGAGCUUUACACCUGCGUGUUCAAGAAGAUCGGAGUGUCACUCUCACAAUUUGGGGAGAUCCUUUCUUGUUCUGAUGGAGAGCUCCACACCAUAGAGAAGGACCACUUCUUUGCCGUAGAAGGGAAGACUGCCAUCGAUAAACUAUCAGUGCUCAUGUCCGGCAGAAUCCGAGUGACUGUUAACGGCGAGUUUCUGCACUACAUCUACCCAUUCCAGUUUCUGGAUUCACCAGAAUGGGAUUCUCUCAAACCAUCAGAAGAGGGUGUAUUCCAGGUCACCCUAUCAGCUGAUAACUCAUGCUCAUAUGUGGCAUGGAGGAGGAAGAAACUCUAUCUUCUUUUUGCUAAACACCGCUACAUAGCGAGAAUCUUUGCCCUGGUUGUGCGGAAUGACAUUGCAGAGAAGCUGUACUCCCUUAACGACAGCGCUUUCAACUGCUCUGGAUAUCGCUAUGAUCUCCGCUUACCAAGUUACUGUCACAUGCCAGGGACUGAAUUAGAAAAGGCAAAUGUCCCAAGGAAAGUCCCAGUGCAGGUUGAAAUGUCUGCUUGACCACACAAACACGAGUGAAGAGCUCACGCUUUCCUCAGUGGAAUAAUAGAAAGAGGUCAUUUGCUUGUUUGGCUUCAUUUUCAUCCAUCGUAUUCAUAUUUACAUUAAAUCUAGAGAAAUAUCUAUGAAUGUAGAGUAUAGGCAACAUGUCUCAUAUCAUGGGAUCAAAAUAGACUUAUCUUAUAAAUAUGUAAGUGCAGAUGUUAGAAUGGGGCAAGGGUCGCUCAUUUUUAUGAGCAAGUGUACGUACGAUCACAAUUAUUUUAUUGCUGUGGUGAAUAUUAUUUUUUUACUAGAAGUCCCCAAAUGGCCACAGUAAAGCUAAUUAAGCUACAGUAUGUAGAACGUCUUAUUUAUGAUGCAAUUGUAGUUGUGUUGUCAUGCAUGAGUAUUUUUGGUAAUUAUUUUGUGUUUUAUGUCAAUUAAUUCGGAUAGUUACAGGUGAAACUUUUUGCUAUUAAAGUAAUGCUUACCUGUAAUUGUGUAAUUAGUUCCUUUGAUCGUGGCGUUUCGGUUAUUUGUUAGUGUUUCUGCGAAAAUUAUGCAAUAAAUGAAGUAAUUAAAUAAUUAGUAAUCCAAACUGCAA